AUGCAGCCUCCAAGUGAUAUUUCGCCUUCUCAGACAGAGCAAGAGCAGAGCAAUCUUGAUCUCUGCAAAGAAUAUAUGCGAAUAGCUUAUUCUCCCACCGAAAACAAAGGCGCUUCAUCGGUUCAACACCUCUGCCACCCAGACAGUUGGGUCUGGGCACCCGCCACAUUUCCCAACCGACCUACCUGA